AUGGGACUUUGUUACUCAUGCCUCUAUGGCGAUGAAGAUGACGGCAAUAAUAACGAGCGUAGUUCGUUGUUGCAAAACCACCAACUUUACUCGGAAGAAAAUCUACAAGAAGAAGUAAAAAAACAACAACAGAGACAAAAUGAGUUGGCAGGAAUCGUCAAUGAACUUUCUGACAAUUUGAUAGACGUAAGCACUUUUAUGAGUAAUCCAACUGGCUUGGAAAAUAGUACUCAGAACAUAUCGUUUCUGGUGCACACAGAAGGUGAAGGAGGAAUCGAUAAGCCAAAUACCACUUUUCUCACCAACGACGAGAAACAAAAUGUUUUGGAUGCAGUCAGUCAGCUUGACGAGACAACGAAAAAGCGAUGCCAAAUUACCAAUUCGCAGCCGUUAUACUUGACAUUUUAG